AUGGCCGCCGGCCGGGGAUCACGGCCCGCCAGGACCGAGGCCCCAAGCGCCGAUCCGGCCCUCCGGUCCGGGCCACGUCCUCUUGCUCCGGGCAAGGGCCCCCCCGGCGAAGCCCUCCGGCACAGCGGCCGCAGUGCUCGAUGCCCGGGCAGGAGCAUCGGCCCGGACGGGCACCCGGUGCCGGUCCCGGCCCGGCGGGUUCACACGGGUUAA